AUGGCUGACUACGCGAGCGUUCCUCAGCACGACAACGAAGAAGUUGGUCACGCCUACGACCGCCCCCAGAAGGGAGCCUUCCUCCGCAAGAAGUCGACCCUCCUCCUCGCGACCGCUGCCAUCGCCCUCCUCACUACCACCGCCUACUUCAUUGGUGCCUCCAACGAGCUCUCGCCUAGAAAAGUCCACUUUGAAGACGUCAACAUUUCCAGUCGUCAUUUCGCCCAGGGCGUUGCCAAAUGUCGAGCCAUCAACCGUGAGAACAAGCAUGUUUAUCCUGCUCCCGAGUCGAGAGUCAAGAACCAGCGUUUUGUGAAUGGGACUGUGCCGACGUUGUUCAAGAAUGGGUAUAUCUUUGAUGGAGAGAAUGAGGCGUUCAAGGGAGAUGUCUUGAUUGAUAACGGACUGAUUGUUGAGAUUGGCCAUGGAGUUGAGGUGCCCGAGGGGGCCAAGGUUGUGGAUCUGAAGGGCCAUAUCAUUACUCCUGGUAUCGUCGACAUGCACAGCCAUUUCGGGGUCGACUCAUGGCCCGCCUUGGACGCUACAAGUGACACCAACGAGAUGACCCAGCCUCUCACCCCCUUCAUCCGUUCGAUUGACGGCUUCAACCCCAGCGACCCUGCCCGCGAAUGGAUCCUCUCCGGAGGUGUCACUACCUCUCUUAUCCUUCCCGGCUCCGGUAACGUCAUGGGAGGCGAAGCCUACACGGUCAAGAUGCGCAAGGUCGACACGCUCAGUACCGACGACAUGCUGGUCCAGGCCGGCGAAGACGAGAAGUGGCGCUACAUGAAGAUGGCCUGUGGUGAGAACCCCAAGCGCUAUUACGGACAGUACCUCAACCAGAUGCCCUCGACCCGUCUCGGCGAGGGCUGGCUCCUCCGCGACCAGUUUGCCAAGGCUACCGAGCUUCGUCGUGCCCAGGACGAUUGGUGCCAUGCUGCUGAGGAGUUGCCCAAGUGGGGUCGUCAUCGUCUCGAUAGGCCCUUCCCUGAGGACCUCCAGUACGAGAGCUUGGUGGGCAUCUUGAGAGAUGAGGUCAAGUUGAACAUUCACUGUUACGAGACUCACGAUUUGGAGGCCAUGGUCCGUCACUCGAAUGAGUACAAGUUCAGGAUUGCCGCCUUCCAUCACGGCUUGGACGCCUACCGCGUUCCUGAGAUCCUCAAGCGUGCCUACAAGGGCGUCCCCACCGUCGCUACAUUUGCUGGCAAAUUUGGAUACAAGAAGGAGGCCUUCCAGAGCUCUGUCAACGGACCCAAGAUCUUGGCCGAUGCAGGCAUUCCCGUCGCCAUGAAGUCUGACCACCCCGUUUUGAACUCUCAGCACCUUGUCUACGAGGCUGCUCAGGCCCGCCACUAUGGUCUCUCUGAGCUCCUUUCAAUUGCCUCGGUCACCUCUGUCCCUGCCAAGGCUCUCGGUCUUGACCACCGUAUCGGCAAGAUUGCGAUCGGUAUGGAUGCCGAUGUCGUCAUCUGGGAGAGACAUCCCCUUUCCCUCGGAUCGCACCCUCUCCAGAUCUACAUUGACGGUAUCCCCCAGAUCGAGGAUGUUGAUGAGUCCGAGUGGUCUACCCAAGAGGCUCCUUUGAAGUUUGAGGAGUACCCCGACCUUGUCGCCCCUAAGACCAAAAAUGCCUGCACCGAUAAGUCCGAGUCUGGUGUCUUUACCGGAAUCAAGAAGAUUAUCCUCAACGACGACGAGGAGGAGUUGGUCAGUCAGUCUGGCGAUCUGUCCGUUGUCAUUGAGCACGGCGAGGUUGUCUGCACGGGUCACUGUGACCGCCACAGGGCUGCCAUGGCCGGCGGUCCCGUCUACAACUUGGGUGGUGAGGGUGUUGUCUUGCCCUCGUUGCUCUCUGUUGGCGCCCCCAACUUGGGUCUGAUUGAGAUUGGUGCUGAGGAAUCCACUGGCGAUGGUCACCCUAACUUGAGCUCGGGUAUCCUGUCUGCUGCUGACGGGUUGAAGUUUGGUGGACUCCAUAUGGAUGAAGCCUACAAGGCUGGUAUCCUUACCGCUGUCACUGCUCCCGAGUCUGAGCACGUUGUCCAGGGUCUCUCGGUCGCCUUUGCUACUGGUGCUGAGAACGCCCUUUCGUCGAAGGGAGCCGCGAUCAUCAAGGAAAAGGUCGCCCUCCACGUCCGCAUCGGUCAAAACUCUAAAUCAACCCUCUUCCCCACCGUCUCCUCCCAAAUCGCCUACCUCCGCACCAACCUCAAGAAGGCCCUCACCUUCCCCAUCCCCACCAGCGAAGAGUUUACCCUCGUCGUCCGUGGCAAGCUGCCCCUCGUCAUCGAAGUCGACAACCGUGACGAGAUCAUCCGUUUGAUCCAACUCAAGAAGGAGCUCGAGAAGGAUGGCGCAAAACUUAAGGUCGCUCUUCUUAGUGCCACCGAAGCCUGGACCGUUGCCGAGCACCUGGCAGAAGCCGAGAUCGGCGUUAUCUUGCGCCCAUACCUCUGCACACCUGUCCAGUGGACCGCCCAAAAGUGUCUCCCCGGCGCCCCCCUCUCCAAGGAUACUGGACUCGCUGUCCUCUACAAGGCUGGCGUUAAGGUCGGACUUGCUGCUCAUGAACCCGAGGAUGUCCGUCAGUUGUCUUGGACUGCUGCCUGGGCUCGCUCGGAUUUGAACAUCACUGAGAAGGAGGCUGUGGGCUUGGUUAGCUGGAACUUGGCCAAGAUUGUUGGUUUGCCCACAGGUCCUUCGGGAUUGGUGAUUUAUAACGGAAACCCGUUUGAGUUUGGAGCCAAGGUUUCUGCGGUUGUUGGUGGUGGUAAGAGUGGUAUCCAGUGCAACCCUCGCGCCUUCUAG